CGACGACCAGCAGCGAGGAUGAUCGUCCGGUGGCAGGCUGAGGCCCGCCAUGCCCUGCGCUCAUUCCACUCCUCGGCGCCGGCACGCGCCGGCAUCAUCUCCAACAUUGGCAAGAAGCCCAUCGUCUACCCCACCAUCGUCUCCCUCGAGCCCACGUCCACCGCUGUCGCGGUGAAGGGCCCUCUCGGCGUAACUUCCGUUCCCCUCAUGCCUUACAUGCGCAUAUCCGAAAUUGCUCCCAACACUCUUUCCGUCGCGGUGGAGAACCCGAAGGAGCGCAAGCAACGGUCCAUGUGGGGCCUCACGCGGACGCUCAUCCAGAACGCCAUCGUCGGUAUGACCGAGGGCUUCACGACACCCGUCUACCUCGUCGGUGUCGGUUACCGUGCCGCAUUGGAAGAAGACCCGCGGGGCAAGGGCGAGGGCCGCAGCGGCCAGCGACUCAACAUGAAGCUGGGCUUCUCGCACUCGGUCUUCGUGUCCGUCCCGGACCACAUCAAGAUUGAGGUGCCGCAGCCGACGAAGAUUGUGCUCAGCUGCACCGACAAGCACCAGCUUGGGCUCUUUGCUGCGCAAAUACGGAGGUGGAGGCCGCCAGAGCCGUACAAGGGCAAGGGUAUCAUUGUGGGCAACGAGAGAAUCAGGAUGAAGACUGUGAAAAAGAAGUAGUCCUGUCGUCGUCCGUCCGCUAUCAUAUAUCGUCCAUAAUACGGGGAAACGGGUUCUCGCUCGCG